ACGCGGAAGUGUUUUCUUGUUCCCUCCGAGCCUCCGUAGAACAAACCUGCUACUCUGGGGACAGUUAAGCAGCUAAGUUACUCCCUGACGCUGUAAGGCAUUUUACAGGACUUUUACCAGAUAAAGCAAUUAGUUUAACGUCACCGGAGGUCUAACAGCCCGUGUGAUGACUCAAAGAUGACCUGCAGCUCAUGACCGACUCACACUGGUACUUUUAGCAGCUCAAAUUACAGGUUCCACACAGGGUGACCCAUGCUUUCUGAUGAGCUCGACUCCAAGCCAGAGCUGCUGGUGCAGUUUGUGCAGAACGCUUCCAUCCCGCUGGUUCAGGGUCUGGAGGACUCGGAGUCCAAACACUCCUGCCUGCCUCUGCUGGCUCCAGCUGAGAGUUCCCUGUGCAGCCCUCUGGAGCUCACAGAUGGAGGCCUGAGCCAUGAACCCCAGAGUUCUCCCUCCCUGUCCGAGUUCGGAGGAGUGUCCGAUCAAAGCACGCUGGUGGUCCAGGCUCACUCCCACCAACGGGCCACACCGAGCCCCCCGCCCAUCCUCCACGACCUGCAGCAGUCCGACAGCACCUCCUACGUCCUGCUGAACCUCGCAAAAGGCAUCACAGCCUCCUCAGAGUCCCUGAUCUUCGCCGCAGACGGCGCCGGGGACGACGACGACGAGGGCGUGUCAUCGGGGGACUACGGGAUAGAUGGCAGCGCUCCCUGGUAUUUGCGGGUUCAGGAGUUGGCACACGACAGCCUGAUCGCCGCCACACGGGCGCAACUUGCCAGAGACGCCAAGGCCAGCCAGGAUGCCCGAGCUACAAGCGUCAGUGACCACACACACAGUCUGAUAGCGGACGGGGACAAGCAGGAGCUGCCGUCUCGAACCAGCCGCCCACUCUCCAAGCAGAUCCUACGCUGCUCGUUUGAGGGCUGCUGCAGGACGUUCACCUGGCCGGCUCAUCUCAAAUACCACCUCAAAACACACAGGAACGACCGAAUGUUCAGGUGCGGCGCCGAGGGCUGCGGGAAGAGUUUCUACGUGCUGCAGAGGCUGCAGGUUCACAUGAGGACUCACAACGGCGAGAAGCCCUUCAUCUGCAAGGAGAAGAACUGUGGCAAGAAGUUCACCACCGCCGGAAACCUGAAGAACCACCGGCGCAUACACACAGGAGAGAAGCCCUUUCUGUGCGAAGCAGAUGGUUGUGGGCGAUCGUUUGCAGAGUAUUCCAGUCUACGAAAACACAUGCUCGUGCAUUCUGGUGAGAAGCCUCAUCUGUGCGGGAUCUGUGGCAAGACUUUCUCUCAGUCCGGCAGCAGGAAUGUCCACAUGAGGAAGCGGCACGGAGAGGAGGGGCUCAGCAGAGAAACAGGAGAAGCUCUGACACAAAGCAGCCUGCUGGAGGCUGACGGCGAGAACGGAGACGGUAUGGUCACCAUGACAACGACGGUGGAACCAAUGACUAUCCAUCAUGCCAUGCUGAGGUCACCAGGUUCUGCAGACUCGGUGGUCGUCCUCUCGCAGCCACAUGAACUGGUGACCAUGACAACGGAGGGCCACGCAUAUGGAGAAGAUGUGGUCGCGCUGCUGUAGUCGGCCGUUACGAUGAACAUCACACACACACUGGCUGUUUGUGCAGCAUUGGACUCAAAAAUAGACGUUUAUUUGUAAAAAGAUUAAUCACAGACUCUAACCCUUGUAGAUAUUUGUAAUUAGCAACUAAUGAUGGUUUUAUUUUGACAAGUGUGAAGUGGCAAAGUUUGUACAAAACAACAUUUUUCCUCAAGUUUUUUCAAAACAAAUGCUCCCAAAGAAAUACUGAGACGGGUUUUGUGAGACUGAUGACCAGGAAUUGUUACGUGCAUUUAUCAUAGUAAACAGAAAGUCUGAGGUUGAAAUGGAGUGAUAGAGAGAAACGAUCCAAACACUCAGUAGCCAUGUUUCCAUGGAAGUGUAAAGCGAACUUUGGAAAUCUUGCAUAGAACUUAAAAGAAAACGCAAAUUAUUUAACUGCUUUGGCGUUAAUAAAAUAGGCUGCAUAGUGUCUGUUGAAGGAGGUGGAAUAAGCUACAUGACUUCAUACAGACUGUAAAAAGCUGGAAACAAAACUUUAGCAUCUUUGGGUGAAAAAUGUGUCUUCAAGAAUUGUCAAUGAGGUGAAAUAGUAUUUAAUCUUUCAUGUCAGCUGACGUUGGCCAUAUUUGAUGAGUCAUGUGAGAGCUUAUUCAGAAAAAAAGUCAAAACCAUCUCAAGUGAGCGUAAAAUUUUCCCUUAGCAACUUUUUCUAGACAUUUGCCGCUAACUUUAUCUAAUCCAAUGCUCCAAAAUGUGUCAUGGAAACAUGGCUAGUGGCUGAUUUGUCACAUUAAAAUGUACCAGACACAUGGAAACCCCAUUAUUCUUAUUGCUAAUAACAAAAAAAGUUGACAUUAUAAACUGCUAAAGCUCAGUAUAUCCCAUCGCUGCAUGUAAACAAGUGGUGUUGCACAGCUUAACAAGCCUGGCCACCCUGGAAAACAUGUCAAACAAAUUGUAUCUCCAGUAACUCUUAUUUGGAACAUCUUUCAUUCAGCCUCCAGUGCUUCACUUUUGUGAGUAAGGCAACGCAUCGCUCAUUUACAGCUCAGCAUAUUAGCACUUGAGAAUAAAAGAAAUUAAGAAUCACUCAAAAGGUUAGCUCUGCCUUUCUGAAACAAACAGCAGAUGCCUGGGGCUGUUAGAUAAGGUAGUGCACAUUACUUGUUUUUGUUAGUGAGCGGCGCCUCAGUCGGCGUCUCGUCACCAGUGUCUGUUCCUUGCUGCUCCUCAGUGGAUCUUCAGGUUGUGGAAGUGGUCCAGCGUCGCGCCCAGAGCCCAGCUAGCCUCCACGUUGUUCACCUUCUUGGUCAGCUAGGAGAAGGUAAUAAAUCACCAAAUCACUGAAAUGACUUUUGUAUUUACAGAAAUAAAAAAAAGUAACUGAA